AAGGAGUUUUGGAGUACCUACACAAAAGCUCAACAAGGAGAGACUGACAGAGGAAGCGAUUGGUUUCAAUUUUACCUUACCUUUCCGUUAAUCUUUGGCCUCUUCAUUAUCCUCCUUGUCAUUUUUCUAAUCUGGAGGUGCUUCCUAAGAAACAAAACUCGCAGACAGACAGUGACUGAAGGCCACAUUCCUUUUCCCCAGCACCUGAAUAUUAUCACGCCACCUCCCCCACCAGAUGAAGUGUUUGAUAGCAGUGGAUUGUCUCCAGGCUUUCUGGAAUAUGUCGUUGGGCGCUCAGAUUCUGUCUCCACUCGCCUGUCUAACUGCGAUCCCCCACCAACCUACGAGGAAGCCACUGGCCAGGUGAACCUGCAGAGGAGUGAAAUGGAACCUCACUCAGACCCACCCCCGGAAUAUGAGGACAUAGUCAACUCCAACUCAGCCAGUGCCAUCGCCAUGGUGCCUGUGGUCACCACCGUCAAAUGA